AUGUACUAUCGCUGUAGAGAAGGACAGAAGGACUACUGGUAUGGAUCGGAGGCCAUGCUGCCCAACGGAAGCAAAAUGACCUUGUCUUUCAGUGAACUCCAUCCCCUGCGCUCCUCUUGGUCAAUCUCCUCCGUCGGCCAAUUCGACGUAGUCAGUACUGAAAGAAUCGCCUUCACAAAACAACCGCGCCAGUCAUCCUAUUUGUGUAUAACCGAGAAGAUUUCUGACAGCAAUGCUACUGAUUCUUCUCCGCCAUUCCAACGAAUCUGGAGUUUCAUCCUGAUUGAGAGCUGUAUUGUGGGAAGCUGGUCACUUCGCGUGUAUGUCCAUCCCUCGGCAUAA